CCGCAGCGUUUAGGAAAGAGAUAUUCCUCAAUCUAGUUUAUACAUCAAUAAGACAUAAUACUGAGAAAACUACUACGAUGCCAGCUGAUAACGUCAACUGUAGUUCUCCACGUGUGAGUAAUAAUGAGAGUGAUGGGUUAUCCUCUCCAUCACCCACACCCAUCGUAGCCAGUAUGGAUAUUAAAGAAGAUUGUAUCGAUCCAGUAUGUGAUCCAGCUAAUCCUGUUCGAAUCAAAUUUCAGGAUAUUUGUUCAGCAGCAUAUACAAUCAAAGGAGGAAUUAUAACUACACUGUGUAUGAAAUCACAUAUGUCCUCUACUUUGGGCUGCAAUAUAUAUUUCAAGAAAGAUUUUCUUCAGUACACAGGAAGUUUUAAGGAAAGAGGAGCACGAUACAUGUUGAUGAUGAUGGCAUCAGAACACAAGCAGAAGGGAGUAAUUGCUGCUUCAGCUGGAAACCAUGCUUUAGCACUGAGCUAUCAUGGUCAAAAACUAGGUAUCCCUGUGACUGUUGUCAUGCCAAUCAUAGCACCAAUUAUGAAAAUUACUAUGUGCAGACAGUUUGGUGCUAAAAUAAUUAUUAAAGGAGCUGACAUUGGAGAGUCCAAAGAACAUGCCAUGCAACUUUCCAAAGAAAAUGGUUUAGUAUAUGUGAAUGGCUAUGACCAUCCACACAUAAUAGCAGGACAAGGAACGAUGGGGUUAGAAAUAAUUGACCAAGUACCUGAUCUAGAUGCUGUGGUGGUUCCAAUAGGUGGUGGUGGAUUGAUAGCAGGAGUAGCUCUGGCAGUGAAAAGUUUAAAGCCUGAAGUUAAAGUUAUUGGAGUAGAAUCUGAGAGAUGUCCAAGUUUCACAGCUGCUAUGAAUGCUGGCCAUCCUGUAACUUUGAGGGCAGGGUCAACUCUUGCUGAUGGCCUGGCUGUUCCAAAGGUUGGUGUCAAUGCUUUUCACACAGCUGCUCACCUACUUGACAAAGUUGUGGUGGUCAAAGAAUCCUUUAUUGCUCUUUCAAUUUUACGAUUGGUUGAAAUGGACAAAGCUGUGGUAGAAGGAGCUGGAGCUUGUGGUCUUGCAGCACUCAUAGCUGGACAGUUGCCUGAACUACAGGGGAAAAACGUGGUGGUUCCACUGUGUGGUGGCAACAUUGAUACUACAGUUCUCGGUCGAUGUCUGGAGCGAGGCCUAGCAGUGGAUGGCCGCCUCAUCAAGUUCACUGUGACGGUGAGUGAUCGGCCUGGUGGAAUCUCUGAGCUUGUUGGAAUGAUAUCAAAGAUUGGAGUGAGUAUCAAGGACAUCAUACACGAGAGAGCAUGGUUGACAAGAGACAUAUUCUCAGUGCAGGUGAAGGUGGUAGGAGAAACUAGAGAUCGCGCACAUGCCCAGGAGUUAGAAAAUGCCCUACGUGCCACCUAUAAUGAAGUGCACUUUGUUUCCACAGGAGACACAUCAUAAUAAAACCAUGAGAGACAAUCACAUUACCUAGAAUUAGAUUGUGUCUAGUCUGUAAUAUGUGUUAAUUAUUGACUCUGACCAAGAAACAAAAUAACUUUAACUGUUUUAUAUUUUAGUAUUCACCUUUCCAUAAUGAUGCUGAAGUUAUGAAACUGCAUUCAGUUUGUCUUUCAAGUUAAAAAAACAACAAACUUCUGAUUUUGAUUUACAACCAAACAGUUGAUUUUGAUAAUCGUACUGAUUUUAUACAUGUGUAUCUAUAGAACUCUUGAAUAGAUAUUUAAUUUUUUCAGUCAUUCUAAAGCUUACUUAGAAACUCUUCUUAGGUCCAAUGUGAGUUUGUGCAUUCACUCUUCAUUUUCUGUCUGUCUGUUUUACACAGUAUGUUUCAUGAUUGGUUGAAUUAUAAUAGUCAAACUCGUUGAAUUUUAAGAGAUCCCAACUCAUUUCAAGUCUGCAAGCUAAAAAAAUAAUUUUCUUCGAUCAAUUUAGAUAAUUCUCUCCCACCAACUUCCUUGGGUGAGUUCAGACUUGACUGACAUAAAAAAAAAUGCUAAAUUAAUGUAAAAAUCACAAAACCGUUUCUUCUACUUUUAUCUAAACAGAUAAAACUUAAAUAACAGAAUUAGUUGGACUACCAUUAUUACCAAUGCAAGUGGUUUGAAGUAUAGAAAAUGUUGUCAAUCAUUAUCUUGCUACACAAGAAAUCAGAUAACAAAAUUUAAUCCUAAGUGUUUAGCAGAUGAUGUAUAUGCUGUAAACUAUUUGAACUUUCUGUUUUAAAUAAAAUUAUUAUCACUCAAAUAAAGCAAAAUAGAUAAUAGUAAGACCCUGCAAUAAAAAACAAAAUAAGCAAUAAGACCUUGUUAUUAUACCCCAUCACAAUUAACUAAAAGCCAUAAUUAAUAUGUAUCUUAACAAUAAAAUACCUU